CCCCCCCCCCCCCCUCUUACCCCACCUUCAGGCGCUACCAUCGCAGCUCUCGCCCUCUCGUCGUCGCGAUGAUCAGCGCCUUCUUCGUCUUCACACAAAAGGGCGACGUCCUCAUCUCUCGCCUAUACCGCCCUGACAUCAAGCGAUCAAUCGCAGAGAUCUUCCGCAUCCAAGUCAUCUCCAACCCUUCGGUGCGCUCCCCGAUCAUCACUCUGGGCAGCACCUCCUUCUUCCAUGUGCGACAUGAGAACCUUUACCUUGUGGCCGUGACUAAGAACAAUGCCAAUGCGGCGCUGGUGUUCGAGUUUUGCUAUAGACUGAUAGGCAUCGGGAGGAGCUAUUUCGGCAAGUUGGACGAGGAGAGCGUCAAGAACAACUUCGUCCUCAUCUACGAGCUCCUCGACGAAAUCCUCGAUUUCGGCUACCCUCAAAACUCAGAGACGGACACUCUGAAAAUGUACAUCACGACCGAGGGCGUGAAGUCGGAGCAGGCCGUGAGGGAGGAUUCGGCCAAGAUUACUAUCCAGGCUACAGGGGCCACGAGUUGGAGGAGGGCGGAUGUCAAGUACAGGAAGAACGAGGCAUUCGUUGACGUGGUGGAGAAUGUGAAUUUGCUGAUGAGUAGCAAGGGCACGGUACUACGAGCAGACGUGGACGGCCAAAUCCUAAUGCGUGCCUAUCUCACCGGAAUGCCCGAGUGCAAGUUCGGUCUCAACGACAAGCUCGUUCUCGACCGCAAGAAGCAGCGCAAUGGCGAAAGCAUGGGAGAUUGUCCCGGUCUGGGCGACGAGUCUUCUGCCGUGGGAGCCGUAGAGCUGGAUGACUGUCAGUUCCACCAGUGCGUCAAGCUCAACAAAUACGACACGGACAGGUCCAUCUCCUUUACCCCGCCGGACGGGGCAUUCGAGCUUAUGCGAUAUCGCUCGACUAACAACGUGAACUUGCCCUUCAAGGUCCACCCCAUUGUGGAGGAGGUCGGCAAGUCCAAGGUAGAGUACACCGUCCACCUCAAAGCCAACUUUGACGCCAAGCUGCACGGCACAGACGUCGUGGUUCGCAUCCCCACCCCACCCAACACCACUGGCGUGAAAUGCGAAGUUGCCCUAGGCAAAGCCAAAUGGGAUUCCUCCUCCUCCCAGAUCCUGUGGAAGAUGCCGCGCAUCCAAGGAAUGAGCGACGCGACGCUUACGGCCGAGGCCACCUUGACUAGCACAACGACGGUGCGCAAGGCGUGGAGUCGACCGCCCAUUGAGAUGGACUUUGAAGUGCUGAUGCUUACGGCGAGUGGGCUGUUGGUGAGGUACUUGAAGGUGUGGGAGAAGAGCGGGUAUCAGAGUAUCAAGUGGGUGAGGUACGUGAGUAGGGCGGGAGGUGUCACAGGGAGCAGUUAUGCGAUUCGUAUCUAGGGCGGGGGAGAUUAGCGGGAUGUCUCUUUUCAUGUUGUAUCUUUAGGCAGAGACGCACGAUGCGGAUCGAUUGUAGCGC